AUGGACGCUAGAAGUGAGUUCCGCAUGUCGCUGUUUCCACGCAUCCCGUCUCCAGCGCAAGGAAAAUUGGUUCACCACUCACCGAAAAACGAAAUUGACGCCCCAUACGAUGUUCGUAGAAUGAAUGCGAUCAAUGACAGAGAGAAAUGCCAAGCUGGAAUGGAAAUUUUUGAUAGCGAAAAGACGUAUCUCAAAUUUCUUGAGACCAUCGAAGAGCACUUCAAGCCAAAGUUUCUCAAUGCUCACAACUCCUUGCAUAAGCAGAUACACACCUUGUUUGGCGAAAUCACACCAAUCUACAAAACAAGUCAGGAGCUUGUCAAAGCUAUGCGUGAAAAGCCUUUCCAUAUGGCAUUUACCGAGAUGCUCCCGUUUCUCAAAUUGUAUUCGACCUAUGCCACACAUUAUCCGGACUCAUUGAAAGCUUAUGCUGAAUUGAUGUCGAAUGAUGGAUUCAGAAAGACAUUGGAAGAAGCGGAAAAUGAUCCGCGUUGCGAGGGCAACAAGCUGAGUUCGUUUCUCAUAAUGCCAGUGCAGCGCAUCCCGAGAUACAUUCUGCUCUUAAAGAAUUAUGAUGCGACGUUCAAGAAGGAAAUGCACUGCUCUAAUAUGAAAGUUAUAAACGCUCUGAAAGAGCUUUCACAUGAGAUGUCAUCUUGUAUGACGGCUUAUGAGCGCGCUGAGAGAAUUCUGGAGAUUCAGAAGGACUUUGGCCUUCAGAAGCAUAUUUUCGAGCCCGGAAGAGUUCUCAUCAAGGAGGGCACAUUGUUCAAGAGAUGUCGGGAAAAUGGUUUGUUUGAAGAGAAAGUUGUCUUCCUCUUCAAUGACGUUCUCAUCUAUGGACAGAAGAGAAUCCUCUAUCGCGCUGUUGGAAUGUCAAAGUAUGAGCCAUCGUGCAUGUUCGCGCUACGACAUACCUUUGUGAUGUUUAAGAAGACAGAAGGAGUUAUUGUGCUGAAAUGUGGUGAUGUCUACCUUGAGAUGACAUCAGACCGUAGCGAUACACUGUCGGAAUGGCACGAUUCAAUUCUGAAUGCUAUUCAUUCGGCGAAGACCCUUCGCCAGACUCUUCGCAAAGACAGUUUCAACAAGAAGGUCAUGCACUUCGACAAGAGCUUUUGGAAGCGCCGCCGUCAAAACAUUCGCUCCAUCAUGCGCGCCGACGUUGCGCGACCAAUCAGUCGCGUAUUUUCAAGGCGCCGCCAGCGUCAAGAUCUCAAUGAGACCGAUUUUCUCAAUGGUGUUCAAUCAUUGAGAAAACGCAAUAAGCCUCAUGAAACGCUCAUUGAUAUUAUAAGUGCGGAUAAACCGCCGGCUCAUAAUUCAUUGGCCAGUGACGAAGAUGAUGGUAAUUGCAGAGGCAAUGAGACGAACGAUUUGGUUCGCGACAUGCUCGAGAACGAGUUCUUCGCCAAGCGUCGCAGAAUUAUGUUUGAGAGCGGUUACGAGCCACCAGUUCUUGAGUGUGUCGAUGAGAUUCAAGACGAUGGUGUAACUGAGGUGGAUGGCCGCAACUCGGCGACAGUUUUUUCGAUGCUUCAACGCAAGGGAAAUCAGAUUUAUGAGGCUAUUUGCAACACAGUUCGCCGUUUGUCGCCGCCACCGGAGGAGUUGGAAAUCACCAUUCCGACAAGUGCUAACGUGAUGUUUCCUGAUGAAAUCAAAGAACCAUUCGAUGAGGAGGAUCGCAGACCGCGUGAGCUUGGCAAUGUUCGCAACAAUUUGCGCGUUUCGGAGAUUCGCAAGCUUAGCUACCAGCGACCUUUUGACUUUCUUGACGAAGACGAUGAGUCUGAGAAUGUUUCGGUCGACGAGCCGAUUUCGAUUCGUCCUGUUCCGUGGUGGGCUGAGGAGUCGGCUCCGCCGGCAAUCCGCGAUCAGCGUCAAGGCCGUUCCCUAUGUAUUCUUAUGUAA